GUACAAGUUCAGUCUUUGUUUCCAUUUCUUGCAAGGAUUCCAGUCAAUAACAACGGAGAAGGUGGUGUAAACGACUGCAUUGCUGCUAAUCCCAAACUCCAUAGCUAUUGGGACUGCGUGGAACCAUUGACUCUGCGCUAUCACGGGGAUCAGGGCCUGUUCCCGAGGAAGCAGUGUAUCCUUCGCGUCGGGCUCGUCAGAGUCGUGAAAGGAAAAAGAGGAUUUUACUUGUCCGUGGAUUUCAGGUCAAGUUCAAACCACAUGUACCUAUUUUAGAAAACUCAAAGGACUAUGCAUUUCAGGGAUGGAUGAAUAAAACCAGAACAAAAAUCUGCUCCUGUAACACAGUACUAUCAUACAAGGCCUAUCUUGAUAUGACAAUGGUGUGAAGUGGCCCUCAGGAAAGAAGAACACAAGUCCCUCAGGUGUCCCACUGUCCUCUUCAUCGCUCCAUGCCCCGCUAAGAAGACAACACAGUGUUCCACUGUCCUCUUCAUCGCUCCAUGCCCCGCUAAGAAGACAACACAGUGUUCCACUGUCCUCUUCAUCGCUCUAUGCCCCGCUAAGAAGACAACACAGUGUUCCACUGUCCUCUUCAUCGCUCCAUGCCCCGCUAAGAAGACAACACAGUGUUCCACUGUCCUCUUCAUCGCUCCAUGCCCCGCUAAGAAGACAACACAGUGUUCCACUGUCCUCUUCAUCGCUCCAUGCCCCGCUAAGAAGACAACACAGUGUUCCACUGUCCUCUUCAUCGCUCCAUGCCCCGCUAAAAAGACAACACAGUGUCCCACUGUCCUCUUCAUCGCGCCAUGCCCCGCUAAGAAGACAACACAGUGUUCCACUGUCCUCUUCAUCGCUCCAUGCCCCGCUAAGAAGACAACACAGUGUUCCACUUGUGGAAAGAAGAGUUUUGCACCCUCUUUUUGCUCUACCGUUUCUUUCUUGCCAUGGGGGGUGCAGUGAGCGCCGGGGAGGACAACAAUGAUCUGAUUGACAACCUGAAGGAGGCGCAGUACAUCCGUACAGGUCGCGUGGAGCAGGCCUUCAGGGCCAUAGACCGUGGGGACUACUACCUGGAUGGCUACAGGGACAAUGCCUAUAAGGACCUGGCGUGGAAGCAUGGCAACAUCCACCUUUCUGCCCCCUGUAUCUACUCUGAGGUGAUGGAGGCUCUGAAGCUCCAGCAGGGACUGUCCUUCCUCAAUCUGGGCAGUGGGACUGGAUACCUCAGCACCAUGGUGGGACUCAUAAUAGGUCCAUUUGGUGUGAACCAUGGAGUGGAGCUCCAUAUGGAUGUGGUGGAAUACGCCAAGGAGAAACUAGAUGACUUCAUCAAGAAUAGUGACAGCUUUGAUAAGUUUGAGUUCUGUGAACCCAUCUUUGUGGUGGGCAACUGUCUGGAGAUCUCGUCAGACAGUCACCAAUACGACCGUAUCUACUGUGGUGCGGGGGUGCAGAAGGAUCAUGAAAAUGACAUGAAAAUCCUGCUCAAAGUUGGGGGUAUUCUAGUGAUGCCUAUAGAGGAUCAGCUGAUACAGAUCACCAGGACUGGUCAGUGUUCCUGGGAGAGUAAGAAUAUCCUGGCCGUGUCAUUCGCACCUCUGGUCCAGAAGAACAGAGCUGAGGGAAGCAAGCCUGAUGCUGUAGAGCUCCCCCCAGUGACAGUCAGGAGCCUUCAGGACCUGUCUCGCGUCUACAUCCGCCGCACCCUCCGAGAUCUGACCAAUGAAGAAUGUCCUGACAAAGGUCUGGUGCAGAGGGCGCCCCAGAAACGCAAGCGCAGGCGUUGCCGGCUGCGACGCAUUAACACGUACAUCUUUGUGGGUAACCAGCUGAUCCCCCAAGCCAUGGAGAGCGAGGAGGACGAACAGAUUGACCAGGAGCAGCACAAGGAGGACCAGGAGCAGCAAGAGGCGCAGGAGAAGGAGCAGCAGAAGAAGGAGCAGGAGGAGGAGGAGGAGAGAGACAUUGGCAGCGUUGAGAUACUAAAGGCAGUGAAUGUGCUGAGAGACAAAAUCAUGACUUUACCUCUGCCUGAAUCGCUGAAGACCUAUCUGUUAUACUACAGAGAAAAAUGACUGACUGCUCAAUCUGCUGGCAUUCGUUCUCAUGGAUGCCAUGCCUGCUGAGAUGCUUUUCUUCAUUCUCCUGUUUUCUCUUUUUUCGGUACUGAAUGAUGUAGUGUUAUUUUUCUUCUUCAAUAUGAACAUGGAAUGGACACUGAGACUUCCUGGGUCGUCAUGGAUCAUUUUCUAUAGUUACUAUGAUAUGGUUAUGUUCGUUUUUAUGUUAUCGAUUGUCUUUUGAAUUUGUAUAUCAAAGAUUUAUUUAAAAGCCUACUGAAUGGAAAAUCCUUUUCAAAUAUGGUAUUUUGAGGAUGUAGAUUGUAUCACAUGUUAAUAUUCCAGCAAAUUGUCAUGAAAUGAAAUUGUAUGAAAUAGAAUUGUACCUAUAUUUGUUAAGAAUAUGAUAAUGUAAAAAUCCAGAUUUUUACUGCAACUUUUUCUAGAAGCAUUAUGUAACUUGAUAUUACUGAAUUAAGAUUUACAAUUGCCGAAUAGAAUAACCAGAGACCAAAAAAAAUGCAUGUACACUUCCUAUUUGAAUCAAAGACUAUUAUGGAACAUUUUAUGAAACAUUUCCUCAUGAAUCAUUGAAGGGGCAAUUCUGUCAUUGUUCUUUCCUCACACUGUUAUGUUUGAGUAGAGGGAUUGUAAUGCUGUGUGACGAUGAGAGCGCAAUGGGAGAUUGGUUUGUCAUUUAUUUUGUACC